AAAAAAUGUUGUCAAGGGUAUAAUUGGAACUUUCAAAAUAGUCGGAGAACUAAAAGUUUGGUCUUAAUCGGAAAAACAUAGAAACACCGUUUCCUCCUCCGCUUCUUCGUCUUUCCGUCGUCCACUGUCUCUCUCUCUCUCUCGCGACGCAGAUUUCGAUUCGUCGAAUAUUUUAGCUAAUCCUCUCUCUUAAUCUCUUUGAACAUUUUUCCCCAAAUUCGCCGCAGUGAAUACUUUCUCUUCCCGUAAAUCUCCAAAAAUCGAGUUUUUUUUAUUACUUCUCAAUUGAAUUUGCUUCUUCCGAUUGAUCUCUUAAUUGAUUCGCUUGUGGGUUGGAUUUGAAUCCUCUCUUACUUUCCAAAGGUCAUACCUUUUCACAGAUCUAUCUUUGAAAUUGUGAAGAAGAAGAAGAAGAAGACGAUGAUUCGACUAAGAACAUACGCAGGCCUUAGUUUUAUGGCAACUUUGGCUGUAAUUUAUCAUGCAUUCAGCAGCAGAGGCCAAUUUUACCCUGCGACUGUUUAUCUAUCAACCUCAAAGAUCAGUUUGGUGUUGCUUCUCAAUAUGUGUUUGGUUCUUAUGCUUAGUCUCUGGCAUUUGGUCAAAUUUGUCUUCUUGGGGUCUCUUAGGGAAGCAGAAGUCGAGAGGCUAAAUGAACAAGCUUGGAGAGAACUUAUGGAGAUUCUCUUUGCCAUUACUAUCUUUAGACAAGACUUUUCUAGUGGGUUUCUUCCUUUGGUUGUUACUCUUCUGUUGAUCAAGGCUUUACAUUGGCUUGCUCAGAAAAGAGUUGAAUACAUUGAGACUACUCCUUCUGUCUCUAAGCUUUCUCAUUUUCGUAUUGUCUCUUUUAUGGGUUUCCUUCUUCUUGUGGAUAGUUUAUUUAUGUACAGUUCUAUACGCCACUUGAUUCAGUCGCGUCAGGCUUCGGUUUCUCUCUUCUUCUCAUUCGAGUAUAUGAUACUGGCGACAACGACUGUUGCUAUUUUUGUGAAGUAUGUUUUCUAUGUCACUGAUAUGUUAAUGGAUGGUCAAUGGGAGAAGAAGCCAGUUUAUACUUUCUAUCUUGAGCUUAUCCGUGACCUGCUUCACUUGUCCAUGUAUAUCUGCUUCUUCUUUGUCAUAUUCAUGAACUAUGGCGUGCCUUUGCAUUUGUUACGGGAGCUCUACGAAACCUUCAGAAACUUCCAGAUUCGUGUUUCCGAUUACCUUCGUUAUCGUAAGAUCACGUCCAAUAUGAACGACAGGUUUCCUGAUGCAACUCCUGAAGAACUUACUGCAAGUGAUGCCACAUGUAUCAUAUGCCGUGAAGAGAUGACAAAUGCGAAGAAACUAAUAUGCGGGCAUCUCUUUCAUGUGCAUUGUCUACGAUCAUGGUUGGAGAGACAGCAGACAUGUCCUACUUGCAGAGCACUUGUUGUACCUCCUGAGAAUGCCACCUCUGCAGCUCCAGGCCAACGUGAAUUACACCAAGGUUCCCAACAGGGUACAUCAAGCUCAGGUAACCAGGGCUCUGAAAUAAGUUCUUCAGCUGGCGUUUCCAAUAAUAGUUUGAGCAGGCACCACGCCAGGCUUCAAGCAGCUGCUUCUGCAGCCUCCGUGUAUGGGAAAUCAAUGGUUUACCCAUCUGCAAACACAGUAGCAUGGUCGUCGGGAGUUCCUGGAACAGAGCAAGUGUCAACUGAACCAGAUCAAACUCUUCCUCAACACAACCUUCCUGUUGAAAACUCUCAUGCCUAUGCAAAUAUGUCGGAGACUAAGCUAGAAGAAAUGAGAAAAUCUCUGGAAACCCACCUCGAGAUUUUGCGAAACCGACUUCACUUUCUGGAGACGAGGAAACCAGAAUCCGCAGGGGAACCAGAGAACAAAGGAAAGUCGGUUGCUGAUGCAGCAGAGUGAAUACAGUGGAGAAAAAGAAAAACAGAACAAAAGGUAAGUAAGUGAAGCAGAGCAGAUAGAGAAAGGAGAAAGAAGAUUUGUGGUUCUUCUCAGAAAGACAAAAAAAACAUGAAUAUCCCAAAAGUGUACAUGUUUUAUUAUUAUUGUUUAUUCAGUGUCAUAGAAAUUAGAAGCUUGAGACUGAAACACAAACAGUUUUUUUUCUUACUUUAAAGUAAUUGUUGGUUUGCAUUUUAACGUGAGAUUCUCUAUAUUAAUAUAACUCUUGAAUGUUCCAAUUUUUUAAUAUAAUAAAUCUUAAUUACAUAAGCC